AUGCUCCUCAUCAACGAGCUCAUCGUAGCAGCACUACAUGAACCGCCCAGCCUAGCGGAGCCCGCCACCUACGCUCAAGCCAUGUCGGGCCCCAACGCUGCCAAGUGGCGGGUCGCCUGGCAAGAGGAGCUAACCCAGCUUGCCAACAUGGGCUCAUGGGAAGAAGCCACUCCGCCACCAGGUGCCAAGAUGCUCACCGCCAAGCCCGUCUUCCAGAUCAAGACCCAGGAUGGCAAGGUCACGCGCUUCAAGGCCCACUGCACUAUCCGCGGAUGUGCGCAACGGCCCGGCAUCCACUACGACGACACAUUCCAACCCGUCAGUCGAGCUUCCUCCCUCCGCCUCCUACUCACCAUCGCCGCGACCCACGACCUCGAAGUCCUCAGCGCCGACUUCGACGCCGCGUACCUCAACGCACCCAUCGACAAGGAGGAACUGUACGUACGGUUCCCGCCAGGAUACCAACCAUCCGACCUGACAGCAACUUGCCUCCGCCUGCUCAAAUCUGUCUACGGCCUCAAACAAGCAGGUCACCUAUGGUGGAAGCUAGUGGAGGACGCUCUCGUCGAGUACGGUUGCCAACGCGUCCAAUCUGAGUGGGGCCUAUACACGCUCUGCACCGACAACAAGACCACCCUACUCGUCCUGCUCUACGUCAAUGACAUCGUCGCCACCUGCAUCCGCAGCAAGUCAGGCAAGAGCCAAGCCACAGACCUGUUCGAAUUCCUUGGAUCCCGCUUCUCCAUUACCAUCCUCGGACCCAUCACACACAUCCUGGGCGUCACAGUCACCCGCAACCCCGCCAACCGCAGCGUCGCCAUCUCACAGACCGCAUUCAUCGACACGAUCACUGACGGACUGCCGGGCCUAUCACCCGUGAUUGCCAAGCAUGCCCCCCUUCCUACACCCCUUCCUCGCUCACCAGACGAGCCCCCAGCAUCACCCGCAGCCGCCUGUGCCUACGGUACCCUUAUCGGCAAGCUCCUGUGGCUCGCCUUCAUGACCCGCCCCGACGUCUCCUUCGCCGUCUCCUAUUUGGCUCGCUACACCCACGCCCCCACUGACUACCACAUCGCUCUAGCUGUACGUGUUGUCGCCUACCUCGCCAACACCCGCGCGAUGACCCUCCAGCUCGGAGGAGCCCCUGCACCCCUCACCGUGUACACGGACUCCGACUGGUGUGCAGACCGCGACCAGCGACGAUCCACCUCCAGUCUUGCAGCCUUCCUCAACGGAUCGCUCAUCAACUGGUCAUCCCGCAGGCAGCGUCUCGUCGCCCACUCCACAAUGGAAGCCGAGUACAUCGCCGCAGCUGACGCCUCACACGAAAUCCUCUGGAUGCGCACGCUCCUGAACGAGAUUGGUCUGCCUAUGACGCAGCCCACACAACUCCACAUCGAUAACCAGGCCGCCAUCCGGCUAGCCGCAAAUCCCACGCUACAUGAAAGGAGCAAACACAUCGAGCUCCGCCACCACAUUAUCCGACAGCUUGUAGACCUCGGAAUUAUUACACUACACUAUGUCCCGACCGGCCAACAGCGGGCCGACGGCUUCACCAAACCCUUGUCCGGCCCAAACACGGCCAACUUCCGCAAUGACAUUCGACUCACGCUUCCGUCCACAAACAUGUAA